AUGGAAGAGGAUGUGUCUUUCACAAGCUUUCACACAACCAGUUUAGAAGAAAGCGAUGAUUAUGAUGAAGAAGAGCAAGACCUAUAGUAGCAUUUAGUUAGAUUAAAAAAUGGGACAUUAGAUUAAUAGAUAGAAUCUAUGAAAUAUUUAAGAUCAUAGAUUAAAAAGAUUUCACCUAUGAAAGUGUUCAGAUUGUUUCAUUUUAAAUAUUUAGAUAUUUUAAAUGAGAUCAUAAAAACGCCAUUAAAUAAGCUAGGAAAGGAAGCAAUUUACAAUCUAUGUGGAAUUUUAAAAUUGGAAAGAAAACACUAUCAAUAUCAAUAAAAAAACUUAAUCAUAGAUAAAAUUAUUUCUUUAAAUUUAUGCGAUAGGUUGGCUACUAUUAUGGGGGAUGAGAUGUAAAAUGAUAAAUUUGGAAAAUUGGUAAAUAAAUUACUAUGGAUUAACAUUGAGAUAGUAAAUUAUUCUUAGUAAAAUAAUAAAAAAAACAAGUAAAGAGUUUCUCGUCCAAACGAAUAGUCGUCUUAAAACAAUAAUAAUCAGAAUCAAAAUCAAAUAAAUUAGUAAUCAAAUUAAUAAAUUUAGAACGAAGAUGCUAACUGA